GAAUUUGAUAAAUAUUGUGAUGUUGAUUGUGAGUUAUGACACGGACCUUAUUGUUUUCAAAAUCGUUAACUGGUUAGGACUGUAGAGAAGUAUUACUUUUUUUUUGUUGAAAUUACUUCCUUUUAUAGUUACCAUUGUAGGCCUUGAAUAGAAUUAAUUUGUUUUUUAUUACUAAUUAUCUGUUAUCAUAUUGGCUAUUUUGGCCCAUCUCACAGGGGAUUGCAACAGUGUUCAAACAAUGGUGGACCGAUUAGUAAAUAGUGAGGCAAAUGCCCGUCGUAUUACUAUGGUCGAAAGUUGUUUUGGUAGCUCAGGACAACCUUUAGCUGUUCCCGGGCGUGUUUUAGUUGGUGAAGGUGUACUGACAAAAAUUUGUCGAAAAAAACCAAAACCCAGACAAUUCUUUCUGUUUAACGACAUUCUAGUAUAUGGAAAUAUACUUAUAAACAAAAAAAAAUAUAACAAACAGCAUGUUAUACCAUUAGAGGAAGUAAAAUUGGAAUCUUUACAAGAUGAAGGGCAGUUAAGAAAUGGUUGGUUAAUUCGAACGGCGUCCAAGUCAUUUGCUGUAUAUGCAGCCACUUCAACAGAAAAACAAGAAUGGAUGGCACACAUUAAUAAAUGUAUUGAAGAUUUGUUAAGAAAGAGUGGUAAAAAAGCUGUUGAAGUCCAUGCAGCGGUAUGGGUUCCGGAUUCUGAAGCCAAUGUUUGCAUGCAUUGUAAAAAGACUCAGUUCACAGUCCUCAAUCGAAGACAUCAUUGUCGUAGCUGUGGUACAGUAGUGUGUGGUCCAUGUUCUAGUAAACGGUUUUUAUUACCAAAUCAGUCGACUAAACAAUUGCGUGUCUGCCUAAAUUGUUUCGAUAAACUAUCUAGAGAUAAAGCACAACAAAACAGUACUAACCUCAAUUAUCUUAGAAACUCUUUAAAAGAUCGCAGUGAAUCUUCUGGUGAUGAUGAUUCUGAUGAUGAUGAUAAUUUUGUCCCAUCAACUACAACACCAGAGCAACCGAAGUUUUACUGAUUUUACCAUCUACAUGAGUACUUUCUUUGUUUUACUAACAUUUUCUAUGAAGUUUGUUAUUCAUGGAAUUAUUUGAUUUGACAAGAGUUUAAUCAUAAUUGUUUGUAUUCUGGAAAAAGCAUAUUUUAACUUGAUAAAAUAAUGCAAAUUGAAUCCAUAGAUCUAUUAUUUUAUAUAAUGUGUAAAAUCCGAAUUAUGUAUUUGUGAUAUACCUUGUUAAUAGUAUUGUUAAGUUGUC